AUGAAUGCCAUUUUAUUAUUGAGUUUUAUUUUAUGUGCGAAUGAAGUGCUAUCGCAGGACGGGUACGGAUUGCGGCCUUUCGAGUCAUUUGAGCCGAAAGUUGGACACCAAUCACAACAACGCUAUGACUUGGAUUCAAAUGAAUUGGACGACCAAAUCAUAUCUCGAGGCGGAGAAGACUCGGAAUCUUUAUCGACGCCAUUGCGGUCGUCGGCGCCCGACGUAAUGCCCGGCGCCUCAUAUGUGAUGCAAUCCGAGAAGUUUGUGACCCCGGAAUACCGAUCCCAUUGGAACCGAUUCUCGCAUUUACACGACCAACACGAGUCCAACACGAGUCGUGUGUGCCUUAGGGUUCGUUGGGGUCCUUUUGUGAUGCAUUUCAAGUGCCACUUCAUGUCGAAUCAACAUUUCAAUGAUUGGAUCCCAAUCUGUUUGAUCAUUGCAUCCUAUUUCCUCUUUUAUCGCACUAACUUUCGGCUUAGGCGUCAACACAUCAAUUCUGGUCAUGUUAUUCGCAAACCUCACUCGAUGCAAUCGAUGGAUACCAACGAAUCGGAAGACAAAAGUUGUCGUCAAUUUGUCGCAAAUUUUGUGACAAAAGACCAGAGAUUGUCGAUUCCAUCGGUUCCUUAUUCAUUGAACGGAUCCACACAUGCAUUAGAUCUGAACGCUUUGAUUAAGACAUUGCUCGCCGAAGAUAAUGACCACCAAAACGAUGUCAACUUAGAAGAGAUUGACUUUGAUUUUGCUAUUAAUGGCAAACUUUUACGCCUUUCUAUCGAAGAGUUUGUCGAAAACGAGCGAUUGGUGGCCGAGAAUCAGAUUGAGAUCGAGUUCUUCGUCAAGUCGUGUCCACCGAAACCACACAACUCUCUACUACACGACGAUUGGGUCUCUUGUGUGGACUGCACUCACAAUUGGAUAAUAAGCGGAUGUUAUGAUAAUUCAGUGCAUAUUUGGGACCUAAACAAUGACGGCUCCCAUAAGAUCGCAAUUCCCGCACAUUUAGCGCCCGUUAAAGACAUCCAAUGGAUUGGCGGCCAUUUGGACGACGGCUCUGACGAUCAUAUGUUUGUGUCGAGUUCUCACGACGAGACCGCUAUUGUCUGGAAGUGGAACUCACUGUCAAAUCAAGUCGAGUAUCUCUUCUCAUGCAGAGGACACUCGCGAUCUGUUGAUUGCGUUGAUGUGAACAACGACUUGUUGGCCACCGGUUCCUACGAUCAGAUGCUUAAGAUUUGGUCAUUAGUUGACGACAAGAAGGAAACGGAAUCGUCUGAAGCGUCCACUUCUCAGAAGAAAAUGAAGAAAAACGACGGUUCAGUUAGUGGUGAUAGAAAUCGCACUCCAAUUAUAACUCUUAGUGGACAUAAGGAAGCGGUGACGUCAUGCGCGUGGAUGAAGGAGUCGACCACCGGUGACACGAGUGUCGUCAACAUCGCCACCACUUCAAUGGAUAACACAAUCCGUUUGUGGGACAUAGAGGUCGGCGAAAGCAAACAGACUCUGACAUCAAACAAAGCAUUUUUGUCCAUUUCUUAUUCACCACUCAAUCACUGUUUAAUCACCGGUUCGUGUGAUCGACACAUCAGGCUUUGGGAUCCGCGGGCCAGCACUGGCUCUCUGGUCGCCGGCGUCUAUAGUUCUCAUCAGUCAUGGGUUUCGUCCAUCGAUUUCAGCAAAACAAAUGAAUUUCAGUUCAUUUCUGGUUCUUAUGAUAAUAUUGUCAAACAGUGGGACAUUCGGUCACCCGAUGCGCCCCUCUAUGACCUCAUUGGCCACGACGACAAAGUUCUGUGCGUCAACUGGUCUUCAGAUGAAUAUAUGAUUAGCGGUUCAGCAGAUAAUCAAUUAAAGAUAUUUUCAAAUUCCGAUAAGAAAUCAAUUAAAUAA